GCGUUCGUUUAUUGAACUGGCGCAAACGGAGGAGGGUCAUUAUUAUUGGUAUAAAAAGGAAUUUAUGUAGUUCUUGUAGUAUAUGUAUGGUUCUAGCAAAGUACCUUUAAUACCGAAUAAGUGGCGCGUGAAACAAAAAACAUGAAAUUCAAUGUGAAACGUGACCGAGAUUUAUUAUUAUGAACUAAAAUUAAAAGUAAUUGAAAAAUAUUUGCUUGUAUCGUCGCAAAACAUAAAAAGUCUAUCUAUUGUUUGUUUCAAGAUUUUUUAACAAUAGCCGAAAGUCAAAUUGAACUUAAUUUAAAUAGUUUGUCAUUUCAGUUUAUCCAAUCAAUAGUCUUCAUACAAAUGAACCGUCAUCAAAUGUAGGUAUUCUUUGAAACCACUCAUUACUUAAUGCAAUAAAAAUGCUAUGUGGAAGCAUCGCGUGCACGCACCUAUAAAACGCAAAACAUUAACGACAUUAUUUGUUUCAUAUUGAUUUUCAAGUAUCAGACCUUAAUUUGCGUAAUUACUGGUGGUUGGACGUCUUAUGAGUCCGCACGGGUAGGUACUACUACCCUACCUAUUUCUACUGUGAAGCAGUAAUGCGUUUCGAUUUGAAAGGUGGUACAGCAAUUGUACUGUAAAAACUGAUACCUUAGAACUCAUAUCUCAAGAUAAGUGGCGGUAUUUAUAAUAUGUUGUAGAUGUCUAUGGGCUCCGGUAACCAUUUAACAGCAGGUGGGCCGUGAGCUCGUCCACUCAUCUAACCUAAAAAAAGGACAGUAGGUUAUGAAAAUAAAUAGUUAAAAGGUUUAUCUGAGGGUUAGUGAUUAAUGAAAGUGUUUGAUAAACAUAUGCCACUCAAUGAGAUAAGAACUACAAACAGAAUUUUUUACGUAAUAAUAGUUGCAGUGUGUUUAUUUGAAUACGCCAGGCGUAUUGCGACCAGACUAGACUAACCACCCACAAUCCACCCACUGCUCUCUUCAUGGUGCACAACAGCGGCGUCCGUCACUCUGUGAUUCGCUUAUUUACCAAUUGAUACUAAGUUGUGCACACAUAUCUCGGAUUUUUAUACUAUUAAACUUGAAUUAUUUUUUAUUUAUUCAUUUACAAUGGCUGAUAACAUGAAACAAUACAUUCUGGGAAUGGACAUUGGUACCACUUCAGUAAAAGUAUGCAUUUACGAUUAUCACACUAAAGAAGUGAUUGCUAAUCAAAACAAGGACACAGCAGCUAACAUACCGAGUGACCAGGGAAUUGAAGGCAAUAAGCAAGAUGUGCCAAAAAUAGUAUCAGCUGUUCACUUUUGUGUGUCGCGCCUUCCUCGCGAUCUGUUGAAGCAUGUCACAAAGAUUGGGAUUUGUGGACAAAUGCAUGGAGUUGUAUUGUGGAAAAACGAGGCUUGGGAAAAAAUUGAGAAAGAUGGUGUAGUCUUACGUUUUGAAGGUACUAGAGAAAAUAUGUCUGCUUUAUAUACAUGGCAAGAUACAAGAUGCAAGCCAGAGUUUUUAGAGACACUGCCAAAACCAGAUUCUCAUUUAAAGUGUUACUCGGGGUAUGGAUGUGCAACCCUUUUAUGGAUGUUAAAACACAAACCAGAAAAACUAAAGCAAUUUAAGUAUGCCGCUACUGUGCAAGAUUUCAUAGUAACAAUGAUUUGUGACUUAGACACACCAAUUAUGUCAGACCAAAAUGCUGCUAGCUGGGGGUAUUUUAAUACAGAAAAAAAAGAAUGGAACCGAGACAUUUUACAGUCAAUCCAUUUCCCUGUAGAACUUUUGCCUAAAGUUGCCAAAAGUGGUGAGAUUGCUGGAAAAUUAAAUAUGUCUUGGAAUGGCAUUCCUGCUGGUACCCCAGUAGGAGUAGCACUUGGUGAUCUUCAAUGUUCAAUAAUUGCUACACUUGAAGAUUCACAAGAUGCUGUUCUGAAUAUUUCUACAUCAGCACAAUUAGCUUUCGUUGUGGAUAAAAUUUCAAACUUCAGCAGUAAUACUAUUGAGCAUUUACCAUAUAUUAAUGACACUUAUCUCGUUGUUGCUGCAUCCUUGAACGGUGGUAACGUGCUAGCGACCUUUGUGAAAAUGUUGCAGCAAUGGAUGCUUGAAUUUGGUUUUCCUAUACCACAGUCUAAAGUGUGGGAAAAAAUAAUUGCAUUGGGUUUGGAUGCGCAAGAAUUACCAACCAUGAAAAUCAAUCCUCUUUUGCUUGGAGAACGGCAUGCUCCAACAAUGAAGGCAAUGGCCGAAAAUAUUGACCUAUCUAACAUUCAACUUGGGUCUGUCUUCAAAUCUCUCUGUGAUGGACUUAUUGAAAAUUUACACUACAUGAUGCCAAAAGAAAUAUUACAAAGUGCAAACAUUAAAAGAAUUGUUGGCAAUGGUUCUGGCCUUUCCAGAAAUCCUGUGUUACAGAAGGCUGUAGAGCGUUUCUACAAUUUACCUCUAGAAUUUACAUCAGGAGGUGAUGCAGCAAAAGGAGCUGCCAUAGCAGUGAAGUUUUAAAUGUUAAAUGUGUUUUUUUUUUGUAUUAACUGACCACCAAAUUUUGCCGUUCAUUAUUAUGUUAGUAAAAGGAACCUGCAGACACUUCAGUGUAUGUCUCUUCCCACAAUACAGGUAAAAUAUAUCAUAAUGAUGGUGGUCUUCAAGUUUUGUUGUGUAUAAUAUUACGGAAUUAAAUAUUAUUUAUUUCA